AUGUCAAAUGUAAUUACUAACAACUAUCUUAUUGUGUCUAACAAUGAUCUUGUUGAUUUUGCCUAUCUGCCACCAAACGCACUAUACGAACUAGCCCUUAUUCGAAUCGCUGAUGGCAUGCGCGACGAGGCGGAAGCUCUUCUAGCAAAAGCUCGCAGCUUUAAAGGUUUUCCUUUGGAGAACAAACUACACUUCCGCAUUCACAGUGCCAUGGAAAAUCUAGGUUCACGAACACCUAUGGUGUGA